CUUGCCGGAAAAGGCGAACAAAAGGGCAAAGCACAGAGAAUCAUCAUCGUCACAUGUGAGAAUUUCUCUGCUUUUCUUCAAAGCUCCUUUCUUUCCGUGAGUUCUUCAAUUGGUUUCUGAUUUUAUCAACCUAUUUGCUGAGAUUCUUCAACUUUUGAUCUGGGUUCUGGGAGAAUUGUUGGAUUCUUCUUGAGGGUACGGUAAAAAUUUUACCUUUUGAUUGUUUGGUGAUAGCUUAAUCAAAGGUAAUUGAAGAAGGAAUUGAGGGUUGCUUCAUGUUCCCGUUGUUACUCAGAUUUUUGAAUUUUUAAGGAACUUUUAGUGCGUGCAAUCUAGGAUCUGUUGGUAUUUUCAUUUCGUGAAGCUAUCAGAUGCUUGAUGAUUGGUAACUUUUUUGAGGUCUACGUUUGUUUUUGUCUGAAGAAAUUCUAUUCCUCAUAGAGUAAGAUUGGUCAAUCCAUUUCUGAGGCAUUAAACUUGAGUAUUUGCAACAUUGACCUGGCAAUUUACUUGAUUUCUGCACUGAUUUGGUCGUUCCAACCACAUCUGAGAGGUUUCUGUAAGGAUAUUGGAGUAGGGUUCCUGAAGGUCUUUGAUGUAUGAUUGGGAAGGGAAUAUGACCGCGGGUAUGGAUUUUUCACCUCCAUCUGGGAUAAUUGAAGGUAGUUACAAUAAAGACAAUGUAUCAGUCAUGGAAAAUCAGGGCUCGGAGAAUUUGGAUAAUGUAAAACAAGUCACACAUGGGAAACCUCCACGCCACGUUUCGGCUGUGCGAAAUUGCAUAAGCUCUGCAAGGCUGCUUGCUGAGGCUAAUUUAGAAUUGGAUGUCAGUAUGGUUGUCCAUAAGCCAUCUUCUGAUGAGAAAACAGAGUUUUUGCCUGUGUUACGAUCAGGAAGUUGUGCUGAAAUAGGACCUAAACAGUCUAUGGAAGACGAACACAUUUGCAUCGAUGAUCUUGCUGAGCAUUAUUUAGGAACAGCUGUUGAGUUCCCUUCUCCAGGAGCUUUCUAUGGGGUUUUUGAUGGUCAUGGUGGAAUAGAUGCAGCAACAUUUAUCAGAAAUAACAUCCUCAAGUAUAUAGUUGAUGACUCUCAUUUUCCCAUAUGUGUGGAGAAUGCAAUUAAAAGUGCUUUUCUUAAAGCUGAUUACGCAUUUGCAGAUGCUAGUUCUCUUGAUAUCUCCUCUGGCACAACUGCCCUCACUGCCCUGAUUUUUGGCAAGACUUUGAUAGUUGCAAAUGCUGGGGAUUGUCGAGCUGUUCUAGGGAGACGUGGAAGAGCAAUUGAGAUGUCCAAAGAUCACAAACCCAAUUGCACUUCUGAAAAAUUAAGAAUUGAGAAACUUGGUGGAGUCAUAUAUGAUGGCUACCUAAAUGGGCAAUUAUCUGUGGCACGUGCACUUGGGGACUGGCACAUGAAGAGUCCAAAAGGAUCUGCCUGUCCUUUAAGUGCAGAACCAGAGUUGCAGGAGGCAGACCUGACCGAGGAUGAUGAGUUCUUAAUAAUGGGCUGUGAUGGUCUGUGGGAUGUUAUGAGCAGCCAAUAUGCUGUGACAAUAGUGAGAAAAGAGUUGAUGAUUCAUAAUGAUCCUGAAAGAUGCUCAAGGGAGCUUGUUAGAGAGGCACUUAAGCGGAACACCUGUGAUAACUUAACUGUGAUUGUCAUUUGUUUCUCAGCAGACGCUCCCCCAAGGAUAGAAAUACCACAAACUCGAGUAAGAAGGAGCAUAUCUGCAGAAGGGUUGAAUUUAUUGAAGGGGGUGCUGGACGGCAACUCAUGAAAAGGGAGAUUCUACAUGAAUUGUAUACAAAUCCAAUGGGGGUUCAGAAACUUCCGGGUCAUAUCUCUUCCACGUUUCUACUGUUAUUCCCCAUUCUCUGGCUGACAUUUAGCUUCAUUGAGGAAGAUCCCUGUGGUGUAGAAUAUGAUUCUUUUUGAGUCAAAUCCUGUACAUCUCAGAUAACUUACGUUGUACUGAUUGGCGGGAUUCAUUGUUCACCUUGCCCUCUUCCUUCUCCUUUCAUCCUCUCCUGUGUACAUAAUUUUAUUGUUGAGAGAUUGCUUUAGCACUAUUCAUUAAAUCAUCAUUGAUCAUUUGUUAGAUCAAUUGAUCAUGGUGUCUUUUCAGUAUCCUGCAAAACUUUCUGUAGGAUUUUGAGCUACCAUUUUAUUCUCGUCUCUUAUGUGAAGAAAGCAGUUACUAAAAU